ACCGUGCUUUGUGUGAGUUCAAAAGGGUUAAAUAAGUUAAUAGGAUUCUUCCAUUUGUUAAUAUUCUAGUUCAGCACGUUAUAUAUAUAUAUAUAUCAGUUGAUUUUACAGUGAAUAUAAAGGUAGUAGGUACUCACAUUGUGUUUCAAAAAGUAGUGAUUCAAAAACCAGUGGAAAUUUGGUUGUCUAAACACGAGUUACUAGUUUUUAAUGUUACAAUGUCACAGCAUUAUUAUUACACACAGUCAGUGCCUUUUCCUUAUAAUGCUGAAGGGAAUUAUAUCCAACCACCUCCACCAUUCUUCAAUUGCUUCACUCCGAGUGCCCCAGGAUAUGUACCUUAUAAUACUUCAUAUCCUCCACCACCAGUAUUUCCACCCGGGAGUGAAUUGGUGAGUAAUCAAUUUCAAAGUAGUAUAGUGAGUGGUAGCCAUGUAACUACUGCAACAGAUACAAACCUCAGCAAAGAUGAAUGUGCUAAAUUACAAGAUGAGUUUAUUUACAAAUGUUUAAAUGGGCCAAGGAGUAGCUUUGACAAAAGACCACACAGAGAACGAUCAAAACACAGAUCUUACAGCCCAGAGCCACGGCGAAGAUCUCAUAGUAGUUCUCGUGGUGCUGUCAGUAGGAAACCUAGACAUAGAAGAGACAGUUCAGAUUCAUCUGAGAGAGAUAGAAGUUUUCAUUCAAGAACUCGAAAAAAAUCAUUUAUAGACAAAUGGCGGUUGAACAAUUGUUCUACGACUAAAGAAAUGAAGAACAAAUUAGAAGAAAUCAGUCAUAUGAAUCCAGAAGAUAUUAUUAAAAAAGAAAAAUUAUUUUGGACACGUUCAGCUCCAGCUGAUUUAUAUUAUGUUAAAAAACAAGAUAGUUCUACAGUAUUGGAAGCAACCGAUAAACUCCUGAGUCUUUGUAAUCAAUUUGAAGAAGAACUGGUUAAGAGGGGCCAAAGGGCUAGGGCUGAAAAGCCACCAUACCAAUGUCCUCCACGAAAGAAGAAGUUACAUAAGCAUAAAUGCUGUAAUUUAAAUCAUGAUUCAAGUUCAGAUACCUCUUCAGAAAACGAAUCUGAAGAAGAUGAAGGACUCCUUGAAGAAUUAGAAAGAAAAAAAGCACAUCCUGAUAGGUUACAUCCAGAAUUGUGGUAUAAUGAUCCAGGAGAAAUGAAUGAUGGCCCUUUGUGUAGAUGCAGUGCUAAAGCCAAGCGAUCGGGAAUCAGACAUAAUAUAUAUGCUGGUGAAUUAAGUUUACAAAAAUGUGAUAUCAAUACGAAUAAUGCUGAUAAAUUAUAUCACUACAGAAUCACUAUUUCUCCUCCCACCAAUUUUUUAAUUAAAACACCGACUGUGAUUGAAUAUGAUCACCAUGAAUUCAUAUUUGAAGGGUAUUCGAUGUUUUCUCAUAAACCUUUGGAAAAUUUGCCUGUAUGCAAAGUUAUUAGGUUUAAUAUUGAAUAUACUAUUCUCUACGUGGAAGAAAACUUACCACAAAAUUUUACUAUAAGAGAACUAGACUUAUUUCACGAGUUUCUAUUUAAAGAAAUAUUAGAAUUAGUUGAUCUUGAUUUUAAAGCAGCAGGUGAUUCUAAUGGUUGUGCCCAGUUUCAUUUUAUGCCAAGAUUUGUUCGUGAACUUCCUGAAAAUGGAAAGGAAUUACUCUCUAUGAACGUAAUUUUAAGUUAUUUAUUGAAUAGUUCAAAACUUUUGAUUCCAAAGGAUGAACUAAAAGACAUUAUAAGUUUACCUAAUUACAAGUGGCAAAAACUUGUUGAUGAAGUUAAAGGAAUGGUGGUUACGUAUCCAGGGAAAAAACCUUGCUCUAUCAGGGUUGACCAGCUUGACAAGGAUCAAAGUAAUGUCAGUGAUGGGAACCCAAAAUAUCCUGAAAUAGUUCAUUUUGGAAUUCGUCCGCCACAGUUGAGCUAUGCGGGAAAUCCAGAAUAUCAAAAAGCGUGGAGAGAAUAUGUGAAAUUUCGUCAUCUUCUAGCUAAUAUGCCAAAAUCGUCUUACGAAGACAAAAGAAAAUUAGAGGCUAAAGAAAAUAAACUUCAAGAAAUGAGAAGUCAAAGCAAAAUGAAACGAGAUGUUACCAUAGCUGUUUCCAGUGAAGGAUUUUACAGAACAGGUAUUAUGUGCGAUAUUGUCCAGCAUGCUAUGCUUCUGCCUGUUUUAGUAUCGCAUUUAAGAUUCCAUCGCUCUUUGGAUGUUUUAGAAAAUAAGAUAAAUUAUAAAUUUAAAAAUAGAAGCUUAUUACAACUUGCUCUAACUCAUCCAUCUUAUAGAGAAAAUUUUGGAACCAAUCCUGAUCAUGCUCGAAAUUCACUUACCAAUUGUGGCAUUCGGCAGCCAGAGUAUGGAGACAGACGAAUUCAUUACAUGAACACCAGAAAGAGAGGUAUAAAUACACUUAUCAAUAUAAUGUCCAGAUUUGGAAAGAAGCGGGAAACUGAAUCAAAUAUAACUCACAAUGAACGUUUAGAAUUCCUAGGAGAUGCUGUAGUGGAAUUUGUUUCAUCAAUUCAUUUAUUUCACCUUUUCCCUAGGCUUGAAGAAGGAGGUCUUGCCACUUACAGAGCAGCUAUUGUUCAAAAUCAACAUCUAGCAGUUCUAGCGAAAACAUUAGGCUUAGACGGAUAUAUGCUGUAUGCCCAUGGUUCAGAUUUAUGCCAUGAUCUUGAGUUGAGGCAUGCAAUGGCUAACUGUUUUGAGGCUUUGAUGGGUGCACUUUUCCUUGAUGGUGGUAUAGAAGCGGCUGACAAAGUUUUUGGUGAAGUACUAUUUGAAGACAAUAAAGUUUUGCAGAAUGUUUGGAGAAAUUAUCCUCCACAUCCUUUGCAAGAAGAAGAACCAUCUGGUGAUAGAAAAUGGAUUGAAUCCUACCAGAUGCUACAAAAUCUUACAAAAUUUGAAGACUCUAUUGGUGUUCAGUUUAAUCAUAUUCGUCUUUUAGCUCGUGCUUUUACUGAUAGGAGUAUGGGUUACAAUAAUUUAACUUUAGGGUCUAAUCAGAGGUUAGAAUUUCUCGGAGAUACAGUUCUUCAGUUGAUUGCAUCAGAAUAUUUAUAUAAAUAUUUUCCAGAACAUCAUGAAGGGCAUCUUUCAUUAUUAAGAAGUUCUCUAGUAAACAACAGAACACAGGCGGUAGUAUGUGAUGAUCUUGGUAUGGCUGCUUAUGCUGUAUAUUCUAAUCCAAAAGCUGAACUGAAGACUAAGGAUAGGGCUGAUCUUUUAGAAGCUUUUCUUGGUGCUCUGUAUGUUGAUAAGGGCCUACUUUAUUGUCAGACUUUCUGCAAUGUUUGUUUCUUUCCUAGACUUCAUGAUUUCAUCAUGCAUCAAGAUUGGAAUGACCCUAAAUCUAAGUUGCAACAAUGCUGUCUUACAUUGAGAACAAUGGAAGGAGGUGAGCCAGAAAUACCAGUGUAUAAAGUCAUUCAGUGCAUGGGUCCAACUAACACUCGUUUAUAUACUGUUGCUGUUUACUUUAAAGGAAAGCGUUUAGCUGAAGCUUCUGGUCAUAGCAUUCAGCAAGCUGAAAUGAAUGCUGCAAAAGUAGCUUUAGAACACUCACAAAGUUUGUUUCCUCAACUAGAUCAUCAAAAAAGAGUAAUUGCAAAAAGUAUGAAACAAGAGCCGCUAAACUCUGUAACAUCAAAAAAGAAACUAAACAAAGAUUAUUAUGAAGAAAAAAUUUAUAAGAAAUAUGAUUAUGGCAAUCCACAUAAGAAAUUUAAAAAAGAAAACAUAAAAGCCUCUUCUUCCAAAGAAUCAUCACCCAUUUCCAGAAGAUUUUCUUCUAGCAAUGAUAAAUCAGAUUCUGAUUCAGACAGUCGCAGAAAAAUAAAAAAAUACAAGCAUAAAAAAUGUAAUGAAAAUUCUUUGGAUAGAAUGUCAACUUCUGAUGAGUAUUGUUCUGAUCAAGAAAAUAUCAAGAAAAAAAUUCGUUAUUACAGCAGUUCUUCUACCAGUUCUUCUGAAGAUGAAAGCAGUGUUGACGGAAGUACUAAUAGCUCUAACAAAUCAAUGCAGAGAUAUGGUACUAAUGAAGAACUAUCGAAAAAUUAUUUAUUUUAUUCAAAUGAACUUAAAAAUAUGAAAGAUCAACUAGCUGGAGAAGGAAAAAGCAGUGUACUAAAUGGCAGCGAUCUGAAAGAAGUAGAUUCAUUAUCUGAAGAUGGAAGCAGCUCAUUUUCAGUUGAAUAUGAUCAGAAUAAUAAACGUGUUUCCGAAACUCCUUAAUUUUAUUCAAAACCAAUGUAUUGAAGAUUAGUGAUAUUUGUAAAUUAUUAGUGAUACUCAAAAUUAAUUAUUUAUUGUUUUUACUUUUAUGUAUGAAAUAUUUAUUAAUAGUUUUAUUUUAUUUUAGCAUUAAAUAAUAAAUUAAAAUGGCUGUGUGUGUGGCCAAAAGAUACAAAAUCAGAAAAUCUCAGUAUCGAAAGGCUACAGUAUUUAUUAUUAUUAUAAUUUUUUAAUCCAUAACAUCCAUUGUAAGUUAUAAAUGAAAUAAAGUUAUGUAAUUAAAUGAAUGUUAAAACUUACGCUUUUUUAAGCAUUAUGGUAUCUUUUUUAAGAUAUGAGGUAUCUAUUAAGCAAUAUUUUUAUCUUAUUGUUAAGUCUAUUUAUUAUUGUAAAUUUAUUAAUUUAAGAUUUACUAUCUAUUAGAAAUAAUAAAGUGAUAUGAAUAAAAAAAAUUAUAAACAUGCACAUGAAAUGCUUUUAAACAUUUAUACAGUUAGACAUCUAUAAACUUAUAGAACAACCUGGAAAUAUGACAUUGAAGUUCUGGUAUUACUACUUUGUAAUUUAAAAACAUUGACCAUUGUCUUCUGAUUCCAGAUGAAGGUAUGUUACAUCUGUCCAUGAGGUAGUAGAACUAAUUUUUGAAGACAACUAACAUAGGAAUCCUCAUAAAUCUAUUUAAUGAUAAAUGGCAAAACUGUUAAUGAGAUUAUGUCAGUAUAAAUACAUAUGUAAUGAAUACACCUAAGCAGAAAGCUUGAUUGAUUUCAAUCAUUUUUAUUGUAAAUAAAUCCAUAGUUUAAUUUAUACUUCUGCUGAAUCCAUGACAUUUAGUUGGCCAUUGAUGUUAAAUUCUGAAUUUGGUUGUAUUAUUCAGCUGCUUCUUGAGUCUCAGAACAAAAGCUAUCUUAUUUGUUGUCUUGAAAUUAUACAAAUUUAAAAUUAAGGAAAAAGUCUAGUAAAUAUAAUAAAUUAGUUAUGAUAUAAUAAGAAGAUGCAGUCCUUGUCCAUGCUUAACUACAAUCUGACAUGACCUGUAUUCCAGGAGAAUUACAGAACAAUACAAGUUACCUGGAUAUACUCAUUAUCAUGUGCUAUUUUUAAUAUAUAAUUAAGAUCUAUAGCUGUAAGGGUGGUACUCAAAUAUACUGUAGAAUGCUGGCUGGACUAUAACAGAAAACAAGCUCUCGUGAGAGGUAGGAUCCUGAUAAGCUUGGAAUCAAUUUGUUUAAGUCGGUCUUGGUUUCUGCAGACUAAUACAGAGUUAUUGAUGCUAUAUGACGAUGUUGAUGUGGUAACCUACAUUGAACUAUGCUGCUGGGCAUGUCGUUAGAAUACCUGUUACCAAGAAGAUGUCAGAAAAAGAAAAUAAUUGGAAAUGGAGGAGAAACAAAACAAAAUUGUAGAGGUUAGAUGGUGUAGUAAAAAUGCCCGACCCAUGAUUAGAAUUUGGAAUUGGAAAACAGUAGCAUAGAAAAGGGAUGAUUGAUGGUCAUUGCAGCACCUAAUCCUGUCUUCAGAAGGGAUAAUUUAGCACCACAGAAAGAAGUGAGUAACUAAUGUAAAAACAUUUAUUUUACUAUUAUGUUACCAAAAACUAUAUUUUGUGUAUUAUCAUGUGGUUACAAUACAAUUACUUUCUUGCUCAUUCAUUAAAAGGAUUGAUGAUUGAUAAUAAAGAGUUGGCAACUAAGUUUCUGUAUUUGUAUUUAUUUUAUAAUUCUACUAAGGCCAACAAAAGCCCCAAUGUGGGUUGCUAUCUUAAUUAGUAUAUGUCAGCUAAGAUUUCUCUUAAGGCUUGUUAAUAUCAGAUCCAGGGUUUGAAAUGAAAUUAUAGAUUUUAUUUUUAAUCAUUUUCAGUAGUACUGGAAUCCUUAUUUUCAAUUUUUUUCUGUUAUGUUUGAAGUAUAUUUUUUCCCUUGCAACUUUCAAGUAAAGAUUUUACAGAAUUUUUUGUUUGUUUGUUUUUAAACUUUUAUUUAAAAUUCUGUUGGUUUCGCAAUAAAGUCAAUCUAAAAAUUGUCUAUUAUUCAUAGCUACUCAAGCAAACCACGCUUAACAAUCAAGUAAAUUAUUUAAGAUAAAUAACAACUCUAAUCUAAGCUCAAUUACUGUUUAUUUCUUAUUCACAGAAACUUUUCAACUUCAACAAAUUAAUUUUUUUUCUGUAAAGAAUUGAUUUGUACUUGUUAACUUUUUAAUAACAAUCAGCACAUGUUCUGAAAAUACAAGAUAUAUAUGACAUGUCAGGUAUGAGUAAGGACAGUACUCAGCAGCAUCUCUUCCCUGACUUGUUUCAAUUACUGAGGUUGUUUAAGGAAGGAGAUCUCUCCUUCCUUAACAGAAACGUCUUUUUAAUCUCAUCCUCAUGUUUAGGGGUACGUAAGCUGUGGCCAUGUCUCUUAUUAAUCUGUUGUGAUGUCCGUUUAAAUUAGCAUUAAAUCAUUGGUAACGAGUUGUUAUAUGUUGGUCAACUGUUGGAAGGUAGAGGUCAGUAUGUUAUGAGUUUUGUUAGUCACGCACCGAGGUGCUUCUGUUAUAAGUUACAAUAAUUUUGAUUGGAAGGUUUGAAGUUGUAGGUGAGUCUUUUUAACAAUACUGUUUAUUUGUGAUGAGUAUGUCCAUAUGGAUUUAUGUAUGUAUAUGCUUUCAGUUUCUGUCUCAGUUUAAAGUAGUUUGAGUCUUUCUUCUGUAGAAGGUGAGUCCAACUUAAAGUACUAUGUCUGUUUGAGAAAUUUGAUUGUUGUCAAUUAAAACUGAAAGGCAGAUUUUUUUUUGAAGAGCAAGUGUUAUAUGUUUGGAUUUAAGUUGAUUUUUCCAUAGUUUGAACCAAUCUUGUCAUUUAAAUAAGUGAUGUUGUAGAGUUAGUGAGGCUUGUGUAUGGUCUUGAUGUUUUGCAAGAAUUGUUGUAUCAUCUGCAUAAGUAGCUGUCAUUGUUAAUAGGUAUAUCGUAAGUUUAUACCUACCAUGUAAAGUAUUGAACCUUGGAAAACUCCUGCCAAGAUUGAAUGAAUUGAAGACAUUUUCAAGCCCUGCCAAACUGAGAAAAAUUUGUCGAAGAGGAAAGGUUGAAGGAUAAGAUACUACAUGUAUGGCAGUAUAGUCUUAAGUUUAAAGAGAAGACUUUCAAACAACUAAGCAACAUCCAAAAAUGCACCAGUUGUAUAUAGUUUUUGUUCUAAAGCUCCAGCCAUGUAGUAGGGAACUCUGUGUAAUUGAUGUGUCACCGAAUGGAAUGGGAAAGCCGAAUUGAUGGUCAGGUAUUAUCUGUUGGUCAGUCAAUACUUCAACAAGUCAGUUUUAUGUUAAUUUUUCAAAAGAUUUAGAUUGAUUAGGAAGGAGGAUAAUGGGUCUGUAAGAUGAAGGACUGUAUAUAUCUUUACCUGGUUUGUAAAUCAUUUUAAUGGGUGAGUAUUUCCAUUGUAAUAGGAAUUUCGAAGUCCUUAGCACAGAGUUGUAAGUUAUUGUCAGAAAUACUAGAGCUUUCUUGAGUAUUCGUUGGGAUGCUUCGGCAAUUAAUAAGUCAUAACCAGGAGCUUUUCUUUUCAGUAAUUGUUUGAAUUGGAGUGCAGCCUGAGUAAAAGAAGGAGUUGGUAGUGUCAUCUGAAGUAGGAUGUCUAAUGUGUUAAGUACUUGAGUCUCAUGUUCUGUUUUUGUGAAGUUUUUAAAUGAUUUAAAUACAGAAAGAAGGUGGUUAGGGAAGAUUGCAGAUUUUUCUUCAUCCCACACUGCCUAGGAUCCAUCUUUUUUUCAGAGCGAUGCUGACAGUUCUUUGUGCUUUAACAACUUUUUGGUUUUGUAUAUAUUGGUCAACUGUUGGAAGAUAGAGAUCAGUAAGUAGAGUUUUGUUAGUCACGUACCAAGAUGCUUUUGUUAUGAAUCGCAAUAAUUUAAUUGGAAGGUUUAAAGUUUCCACAAGCUUCCAUCAUCAGCUGAAAAACCAUCUAUGUAUGUGUGACUUAUUACUUAUGAUCCUGUUUAUUUAUUGGAUUUCUCUUUUAAGUUGAUUGUUUAGUCAGUUAAAUAUCUGUCUAUCUGAUGGGUGUCUUUAAUUAAACUUUUAUCAUAAACCUAGAACUUUUUUACAAAAAUGUGCCUUGGAACUUUUAUUUUAAAAACUUUUCUCCUAAAAGGUUUCACAAAGACUUUUUCUAUUGUGUUAAAAUAGAACUUUUCUAAAAAGGUGCUAUAAACGUUUCAAUCCCUGUUCAGAUCAAUAUGAUUUGCUGUUGUUUUGUGAUUAUGGAAGAGUAAAGCGUGCAGCUAAAGCUCACCAAAAAGUUAAGAAGUUGAGGAGACCAUGGCUUUUAGAACGCCCAUAUCAAAAUAUGUUGGCUAAAUUUCAAGCAGGAAAUUUUUAGUAAUUUAUGUUUCAGUCUGGUGCCCUGCAGAAGUUUGAAAUCUAUGACUUAAUUCUCCGAGUUCCAUGGACUUUUUAAGGUCUUGCACAUUUUUAAUUAAAAAAAAAUAUAUUUCAAUUAAAAAAAUACUGACUAAAGAAAUUGGGAAAUUCUAUCCACUCUAAGGGAAUGUACUUCCAUGUCUGCUUGAACAUCUUGAUUGAUUAAUAGAGAAAUUGAUGUUCACGAAUAUCUAAACUUGGUUUAGAAGUUGGGUGUCUACCAUCCCUAAACACAACUCUAGACUCUGAUGUUUACCAAAGCUUAAGCAACUAAUAGGUGGAUUGGAAAACAUCAUUCAAAACAAUGGAAAAACCUUACGGAUUAAAAUUAAUUUGUUUUAUAUAAUAUAAUGAGUUUUAUUUCACCCUGAAAUACAGAAAAGACUUAGUUUCUAACUCUAUAUAGUGUGUAAUAUUAAAAAAAAAUUGUAUUAUAUAAAUGAUGUUGAGAAAGUAUUUAGCUAAACAAUGUAAUUCAAUUAGUUAUUUAAUAUUAAGAUUCUUUUAAAAAUAUGCUAUAUUUUCUCUGUCAUCUUUUGAUACCAUGAAUUAUAUAUUCAUAUUAGUAAGAUGACAAGUAGAUUUAUAAAUAACUAAAAAAUAAAAUGAGACAAACUCAAAUUGUAACUAAACGACCUUAUUAAUUUUAUGUUAUUUUUAUACUACUAUUUUUUAAGUUCCUACGGUACUUCUCAAAAUAAUGUUAACAAAAAUUGAAAUUCCUCCUUUAUGUUAUAAUUUCUUUUGUAAAUAAAAGUUAUUGAUGGUUAAAUU